AUGCUGCUCAAGCAGAAGAAUUCGAACGAUCAACGCAAGCGUCCUGCGACGGAGAAGGCGCAAGAGAUCGAGCCCAUGACUUCGCCCUACCCCUCAAGCCUGAAAGGUAUCAAGGACGCGCUGGGCUACAAAUACCGAGGGGAUCGCCCCCUUGGAUGGAUCCCCGCAGAGAUCCGAGUCGGAACGAGCAAGGAGCAGUCCAGCGCCACCUUCUCGUCCUAUAUCAACGGCCUCUCGCCCUUCCAGGAGGCUUCUCAGGCAGUCUACGAGCCGCUCGCCGCUUGCUUUGCGUCGAUGCUGCCGCUUUUCGAAAGCGCGUUGGCCUCGACACCGUUGAGAGGGGACAUCGGCUUCCUGUCACCAAUGGGCACACCGUUCUCCAAGGACUGCCAAAACAGCGGCAGGUCUCUACGCUACGACUCGUACUUUGCGCCUUCGUUCGCGGAGAUCAAGAAGCAGCUGCGGGCGACCGACCCUUCCGGCUGGCCCGAGUUUGAUGACGACAUGAGUUUCGAGGACAGGCUGGACGAAUACGCCGAGCAGCGAUGGCAUCAAGUCAAGCGAUUCGUCAGACCUCCGAGCGCACCCUUCGAGCCGCCUGCUCUACGCAAGAUCGACCUUCGAGACCGGAACCUGCAGGUCAGUGUCGGAUUGACAACACUCGAGCUCAGCCCGGAGCGGCCUGUCUACACGACCGAGUCAUGGCAGAGGUCAGGCACCUGGGAUGGCAAGGUCUGCGCGACCGGAAUGAUCAUCCUCGAUUCGGACAACAUGAGCAAGGUCUCGCUGGAGUUCUGCCUGAUGAAGCCCGUCAAGCUCGUCGAUGCCAGCAAGCCAGGUCACUUGACGUAUGUCUGCUUCUGGCUGGUCGACCCGUCCUGUCCCGUCGUCUCAUCGGCCCAGGUGAUACCACAGCAGGUCAGCUGGCUCAGAGAUGCGACGCGAAAGAUCUGGACCGACCCCAAAAGUCGGCUUUCGCUGCUACCCUCUGAGAUUCUCGACAAGAUUUUCGAAAAGCUGGAGGAGGUCCUUGAAGCUGACGAGGAGUACGAAAGUGACUUCGACUACGGCGACUACGACGACGACGACGAUGACGACGACGACGAUGACGACGACGACGAGGACCUUCUCUCACGCGUCAGAAAGCGCGCCAGCGACGUCGCAGGAUCGACGUAUCUGAUGAGCACGAAACUAGCUCAACAGAUCCGCAGCGAGAUAACCGAGUGCCUCGAGGUGAAACGCCUCCGGAGAGCCUAG